AGGAAGCUGCGUUCAAAAAGUCCGCCUCUCCGUCCCGCUCUGCUGGGAGCUUUUCUGGUUGGUCGCCAGCAUCGUCCCGCUCCUCUCCGCGGACAUAUAAAGCAGCUUUCAGCCGCUGCUGGUCACAUUUUCUCGAGUCUCGUCUCCAGAAACAAGCAGCAACGAAAUGAGUGGCCGCGGAAAGACCGGAGGAAAAACCCGAGCGAAGGCCAAGACCCGCUCCUCUAGAGCCGGACUCCAGUUCCCGGUGGGCCGCGUUCACAGGCUGCUGCGCAAAGGCAACUAUGCGGAGCGGGUCGGUGCCGGAGCCCCCGUCUACCUGGCCGCUGUGCUCGAGUAUCUGACCGCUGAGAUCCUGGAGCUGGCUGGGAACGCCGCCCGCGACAACAAGAAGACCCGCAUCAUCCCCCGUCACCUGCAGCUGGCCGUCCGCAACGACGAGGAGCUCAACAAGCUGCUGGGUGGAGUCACCAUCGCUCAGGGUGGAGUGCUGCCCAACAUCCAGGCGGUGCUGCUGCCCAAGAAGACCGAGAAGGCCGCCAAGGCCAAGUAAACCUGCUGCUGUUGCUCGGCAACAAACACACAACGGCUCUUUUCAGAGCCACACA